UAAGGUUAAUAUUGCUUUUUGUCUCCCUCUAGUGGCGAAUGUUGUUUCUGCACAUAAUUAUACCGCGGCCCCUUUCUUCUUUAAUUGUCGUUUGAUCAUCAUACAGUGUCCAGUCACAAAGAGCGCUGUUAGAUAAACCAAGACGCGGACAAGGAAGUUUUAGUAACUGUGGCCCAAAAAAUGAAUUUUGUAUGAAUGUAUGAUAACUGUAGCUAUUUAAAAUGUCAAGGGGCGGGACACUAUCUGUCAAUUCAUUGCUGAUAUUUAAAUAUUGCAGCAGACAGAACCUCAAGUCAUUCAAGCAGCUGAGCAAGUUUGUACGAGGUCUUUCCGUUCACCAACACUGCCCGAGCAUGAAAUGCCUUCGGCUUUAUCUGCUGCUCAUAAUGACCCAAACUGCUUAUAUGAACCGAAUCAAGAAGGACCGAGACUGUACGUGGCGUUGUGAGGGUCUACAGUGUAAAUCCAGACCCUACUCUCUGCUAUCAGAAUCUCAUUGCAGGAAACAGACUGUCAGCAAUGUAUUCAAUAAUGUGAAGCUGUCUACUGUAUUGGGAUGUGAGGGGAGGAAAUGUUCAUUGCAGUUAAAAAUAGCAACAUCAGUAAACGUUACUAGUGAUAUCCGUGGAGUUUCACUGUGUGCCGAUUCUGCAGGGAUGAUGGGACAUUGCCAGAUUUAUAACUUUGACCAUGAUGCCAGAAAAAGUUUUAUAGGAAAACAGGCUGGUGUGCAGUUUAAGUGCAUUCCUGUUAGACCCGGUCAGCACGUGUUUGUAACUCUUAAAACGGUUCCUAACUACUGUAAAGCCACGAAGAUGCAAAAAUACAUUGUCCCUGAAUGCAGCCAUGAAGAUAUCAGAAAUGAAAUAUCAGAGUGCAUCACUGGAAAGCUGGAGUAUAAUAUAGAUAAAGUCAAAAGGAAAAUGACAGUGAUGGUGAAAGAUGCACCAGAGGAUACGGAUUAUAACCUCAGGCUCUGUCAUAAACGCAGUGUGAUCUGUGCAGGUGACGGGACACUUAAAACAAUAAAAGCACAAGAUCUACAGAAGAGCAUUACAUUUCAGUAUUCCAAAGCACUGCCGUGUUUGUGCAUUGAGGGUUGGCCUGCCAGAGUAGAUGCACGGCGAGUUCAAGCAUGUCCAUUCAAAAACGAUUUGGAGGAGCUGUGGUCUGGCAUAAUGUACGACUUCAACAAAGAGGAGCUGAUAUGGGAGUCGGCGUGUCCAAUCAAAGUGUCUGUUACUCUGUGCCACUCUCAUGGAGAAAACAAUUGCAGAGAUCUCGGAAAUGUUAUUCACUCAACGGGACAAAAAGUGACAUUUACUUCUGUGGAUCCACACCCUUUGCUUUGCACGAAGUUUACCACUGAUGCGGGUUCAUGGAUCAAAUGUCCUUUCACCAAAGGGAAUUUCUCGGUAUGGAGAACAAAUAUGAAGUCUAAAUAUGGCAAUCACUGGGCAGAGAUAACAUCGUGGGUAAACGCUAACUUCUCAGUUUCCCCGUGUGAGAUGAAACCUUCCUCUCAGUGCAAAUCAAUGGAGGGAAACGCUACAAAGAUCCUAUUUGUGGACAAAACGAAGCGCACAACUUUCAACUUGUCCAGAACUGCGUGCGAAAUCUGUGUUUGCAUUCAGGUGAAGAGAGUGGAUGUUCAAUAUUCAGUUCCUGUUCUCCAAUGUGACGUGCAGUGUUCAAACAGGUGUCCGGAAAGACGAUACUAUCGAGAGAUUGAGAAGAUCAUAGUGCCUGCUGCUGUUUUUAUCACAGUGCUCUUGGCAGCUGCCUUCAUUGCUAAAAUGUCAAUUAAAGAUGGGAGUUGGAGAAGAAUGUUGUGGACAAAACUCGGGGAACGAGACAGUGAUACGUGUCUGUACAGCAAAUGAGGAUGCACAUUUUGGAACAGUUCUCAAUACAUCAUAUGUUACUUUUGUCUAUGUAACUCUGUCUGUGAAAUCCAAGCUAAAGUCUCAUAAUUUAAUGAUGAGAUUAAGUUUGAUUUCACUCAUAUAUUUCAUAUUGAUUUCAACCUUUGACAUAACCGUACUAACUCAAUAACACAUCAAUGUUCUUUACAUUAUGCAAAAUGAUUUUAUGUAGAAAACAGCACAUUACAAAAAUGACUUUAGCUUGGUUUUCACAGACUGGAUCACAUAUUAUAGAACCUAAGGGUUUAAUAUGAAAUAGCUUAAGUAUUUUCUAAUGCACACUUAUUAAAAAUAUAACCAUUUGUUAUAUCUGAAUUGAAUGUUUUCUGCAUUGAACAGUUGAAUGUAUAAUGUAAAAGAUUUCAAAUAAAUAGUUUUGUACAUAAAGUUAA